UCUUCUAUAAAUGCUCCCACAUUCAUCUCUUUCUGUCACCACCCUCUUCUUCUUUCUGCACCAUCAGUUUGCACAAUAUAUUGAAGAGCUUUCUGGUUUAUGUUAGCUUCCAACAAUGGCUGUUGUGACUGCUAAGCUACUAUCUGCUUUCAUCAUUGCCCUCAUUGCCAUUUCCAUGCUUCAAACAAUGGUUGUGGCAUCCCAUGGACAUGGAGGUCACCACUACUAUGACAAGAAAAAAUUUGGACCUGGAAGUCUCAAGAACUACCAAUGCCCUUCGCAAUGCACAAGGAGGUGUAGCAGGACCCAGUACCACAAGCCCUGCAUGUUUUUCUGUCAGAAGUGUUGUAUGAAGUGCCUGUGUGUCCCACCGGGGUAUUAUGGGAAUAAAGCAGUGUGCCCUUGCUACAACAACUGGAAGACCAAGAGAGGAGGACCCAAGUGCCCUUAACCUCUUCUUCCAUCAAAUUAACAACAAAGUUAUAUAGCUUUAAUUUCCAUAAAAUGUAAUGUCUCGAUUAUUCAAAAGAUAAAAUUUUGAAUGUAAUUUUAAUGUGUUUACUUCAAUAAUUAAUCUACAUCAGCUUUCAUGGUUAAUCUUUGACAUAGAUGGAAACUGAAUUGAAAUUUU